UUCAUGGCCGCAGGGGGAGAGCAUCAUGAUGGUAUUCCUGAGGAGGAUAAAGCCAUGGCUGCCUCUGCUGCACCGAUCUUUUACCCAGAAAGCAGCAGCGACCUCCGGGCUCGUGCACGCAGCUUCCAGAGGAUCCCCGCCGCAGUUCCGACCGUUUUCCCUCUCUGCGUGUGCACUCAUGAACCCUGAUGACUUCAGCUGCAGCAGCGGAGCCGCAGGUGAGGAUCAGGACAUCCCGGGGGACACCGAGGUGGAGGAGAUCUUCCAGCAGCAGGUCCCUACGGGGGUCGGACAGGGUCAGAGGAUCUUCAUCGUGCACCCUGACGUGAAAUGGGGCAGCAGGAAGCAGCACCUGACCACCGCUGAGCUGAUGAUGGCGGAAGCUGUGGGGCUGGUGAAGACUCUGGACAGCUGGACAGUAGUGGACCAGCUCAUCCUCUCCACCAAAACGCCCGAGAAGAAACUGAUUUUUGGAAAAGGCAACUUCCAGUACCUGACAGAGAAGAUCAGGCAAACAGCAGGGAUCACCGCUGUGUUUGUGAAUGUGGAGCGUCUGUCUGCUUUGUCUGAGAGGGAAUUUGAGGAAGCCUGGGGGGUCAAAGUCUUUGACAGAUAUUCAGUUGUCCUUCACAUUUUUCGCUGCAACGCCAAAACCAAAGAGGCCAAGCUGCAAAUCUCCCUUGCAGAGAUCCCCUUGUUAAGAUCCCGACUGAAAAAUGAAAUGUCCAACUUGGAUCAGCAGGGUGGAGGAUCGAGGUACAUCGGCGGUUCAGGAGAAACGCUGUAUGAGGUCCAGCAGAGGCUGCUGAAGGAGCGGGAGGCAAAGAUCCGCUCAGCACUGGAAAAACUUCGCCGAAAGAGGCACCUCCUCCGAUCCCAGAGGAAACACAGGGAGUUCCCCAUCAUAUCAGUUCUGGGAUACACCAACUGUGGAAAAACAACUCUGAUCAAAGCUCUGACUGGUGACAGCGGCCUUCAACCCAGAAACCAGCUGUUUGCCACCUUGGAUGUGACCGUGCACGCCGGACAGCUGCCCAGUCACAUGCCGGUGCUGUACGUGGACACCAUCGGUUUCUUAUCGCAGCUCCCCCACCAGCUCAUCGACUCCUUCUCGGCCACCUUAGAAGACAUCAAGCACUCGGAUCUCCUAGUUCAUGUCAGAGACAUCAGUCAUCCAGAGACUGAGAAUCAGAGGGUGAACGUUUUGCAUGUUUUGAAGAACCUCCUGAUCCCAGACAGUCUGAUGAGCUCCAUGAUCGAGGUCCACAAUAAAAUUGACCUCGUUGACAGUUAUCAGAGUGUGAAUCCUGAUGCCAUACCCAUAUCUGCCCUGGAGGGGCGAGGACUAGACCGGCUGAAGAAAGCGGUGGAAGAGGAGAUCUUGAAGUCCACGGGGAAGCAGGUUUUAGAUCUCAGGGUGGACCUCAGCUCACCUCAGUUAAGCUGGUUGUACAAAGAGGCCACCGUUCAGGAUGUGCUGGUGAAUGCGGACGAAGGCUCAGCUGUUGUGAAGGUCAUCAUCAGCGAUGCUGCUUACGGGCGCUACAGCAAACUGUUUGGCAGAAAACUGAAAACUGCACCAAAGCAAACUUAAUAAAAGAUGUAUUUAUGUG